UAUUGGAAUCAAUCUGAAGUUAGUACAGUAAUAAAUCAAAGUGAAGAAGCUCUCUUGAGUCAACUUCAAUCUUGCAUUUUCCUGCAGUCAGAAUCUUGAGCCUUAACACAGAUACUGCUAAUAUAUCAGCUUUUAUCAUGGCAAUCCCUAGUGAUUAUGAUUAUGAUUGGGAUAAAGAAGUAAAGGAAUUUGAAGCCACAAAAGGUGGUGUAAAAGGGCUAGUAGAUUCUGGUAUCACAAAAAUACCAAGAUUUUUCAUUUACCCAUCAUCAGAUAAUUUGACCAAAAAUCCAUCACUUUGCAAGAAUGGCCACAUUCAGCUGAAAAUCCCUGUCAUAGACUUGCAAGGAAUUGAAAGUGGCAGUGGUGGGAGAAGGGGAAUUGUUGAGGAAAUAAAAAACGCAGCUCAAGAUUGGGGAUUUUUUCAAAUUGUAAAUCAUGGGGUUCCAGUUAGUAUACUGGAUGCAAUUCUUGAAACCACUAGAAAUUUUCAUGAACAGCCUAAGGAAGCUAGAAUGGAUCUGUAUUCUUCUGAUAAUAGGCAUAAAGUUAGGGUCUUUACUAUUAAUGGAUCUUUUCAAGAAACUCAUGUGGCCAGUUGGAGAGAUGCCUUAGCUUGUACUUUCAUUGAUGACACUUUGGAUCCAGAAGCUAUUCCUCUCAUCUGCAGAAAGGAAAUAACAGACUACAUGGAAUACAUGAUCAAGGUCAGAGAAACCAUCUCUGAGUUACUUUCAGAAGCCUUAGGUCUAAGCAGUGACUAUCUUGCACAGAUAAAUUGUGUAAAAAGUGAAUACUUGACUUGUCUUUACUAUCCACCUUGCCCCGAGCCAGAACUGGCCUUAGGCACAAUCAACCACUCAGAUUCGACAUUUUUAACUAUGGUAGUUCAGGAUUCUAGUGGUGGUCUUCAGGUUCUUUAUCAAAAUCAUUGGGUUGACGUGCCACCUAUUCCUGGUGCUCUAGUCGUAAACAUUGGAGAUCUUAUGCAGCUUAUAACUAACGACAAGUUCAAGAGCGUGGAGCAUAGAGUGCUCGCUAGACCUGUUGGAUCAAGGGUAUCAGCAGUAUGUUUCUUCUUCCCCAGUUCUGAAUGUUUGUUAAAGCAAUAUGGACCAAUCAAAGAGCUGUUAUCAGAGAAAGAUCCUCCGUUAUACAAGUCAGUCUCGAAUCUUGAAUAUAUGGCCUAUUACCAGAAGAACGUACGAGAAUGUACUUCAGCUCUUCCUCAUUUUAAGCUGUGAGUUCAGACUACUGUUUUAUGUAUAAAGUAGUUGCUAAUUUGGCUCGGUAAGCUUGAAGUUCUCUCUUAUUGUGUGAGGAUACUUUUUUAAAUUUACUGUAUGGUUGAAGAAAUCUUAAAAACUUUCACUGGUGUGACUUGUUUAAGUUUUCA